AUGAGUGGUGAAUAUGUUACACUUGCCACAGGGCAAAAAAUGCCAUUAGUUGGAUUGGGAACAUGGAACAGUUCAGCUGGCCAGGUGAAAUCAGCAGUCAGUUAUGCCCUUGGAAUAGGAUACCAGCACAUAGACUGUGCUUUUGUCUACGGCAAUGAACGUGAAAUUGGGGAAGCUCUUCAUGAAAAAUUACAAGCCAGUAAAUCGAUCAAGCGGAAGGAUGUUUUCAUUACAUCCAAACUUUGGAACACAAAGCAUCACCCAGAUGAUGUGGAACCAGCCUGCUGUAAGACGUUGGAGGACCUACAGCUGGACUACCUAGAUUUGUAUUUGAUGCACUGGCCAGUGGCAUUUGAACGUGGUAAUAUUAUGAUUCCAAAGAAUGAUGAUGGAACAGUGCGUUAUGCUAAUACUGAUUACAAGGAUACCUGGAAGGCCAUGGAAAAACUACUGGAAAAGGGUUUGGUCAAGGCAAUUGGCUUAUCCAACUUCAACGCAAAGCAAAUAGAUGACAUAUUAUCCAUUGCAACUCACAGGCCUGUUGUUAACCAGAUAGAAUGUCACCCAUACUUGAUCCAAAAGCAGCUCGUGGAUCAUUGCACAAAACGAAAAAUUAUUGUUACAGCAUACAGCCCCCUUGGGUCACCUGAUCGUCCCUGGGCCAAACCUGAUGACCCAAAGCUGUUGGAAGAUCCAAGAAUACUGAAAAUUGCAGAAAAAUAUGGAAAAUCCCCAGCUCAAGUUAUUAUAAGGUGGCAAGUGCAAAGAGAAAUAGCGUGCAUACCAAAGAGCGCUACACCCUCCAGGAUUAAGGAAAAUAUUGAGGUGUUCGAUUUCAUAUUGUCUAAAGAAGAUAUGAAACAAAUUGAAUCAUUUGACUGCAAUGGAAGAAUGAUAGUGCCUACAUUAGAAAGAGAUGGAAUUAGAGUUUGGAGAGAUUCAAGUCAUCCAAACUUCCCUUUUAACGAGCCUUACUGAAGAUCAAUCUACAGCUUCA